CAAUUGGAUUAAGUAACCUAACAAUCCAAAGAUUAGGCCAGUCUUUGUACUAGCAGAUCUCCAUGGCUCUUUCCAUGCUUUCUUCAAUUCCUAAUCUGAUCACGCACACAAGACUUCCAAUCAUAACAAAAUCCAGCAGCUGUAAGGCUUCUCCUAGAGGAAUCAAGGUCAAAAUUGGCAACAGCAAUUGUGAGGAAAUCAUUGUUAGGCGAACUGCAAACUACCAUCCUACCAUUUGGGACUAUGAUUAUGUGCAGUCACUAAGAAGUGAUUAUGUGGGAGAAACAUACACCAGAAGACUUGAUAAGCUAAAGAGAGAUGUGAAGCCAAUGCUUGGCAAAGUGAAGAAGCCUUUGGAUCAGCUGGAGCUAAUCGAUGUCUUGCAAAGGCUUGGAAUAUAUUAUCACUUCAAGGAUGAAAUAAAGAGAAUAUUGAACAGCAUAUACAACCAGUACAAUCGGCAUGAAGAGUGGCAGAAAGAUGAUUUAUACACAACAGCUCUUGAAUUUAGACUGUUAAGGCAGCAUGGCUAUGAUGUGCCUCAAGACGUUUUUAGUAGAUUCAAGGACGAAACAGGGAGCUUUAAGGCAUGCCUGUGUGAAGAUAUCAAGGGACUGCUCUGUUUGUAUGAAGCUUCAUACCUAUGUGUACAAGGAGAAAGUACCCUGGAGCAGGCCAGAGACUUCGCACACAGACAUCUUGGAAAGGGCCUUGAGCAAAACAUAGAUCAAAAUCUUGCCAUUGAGGUGAAACAUGCCUUAGAGCUUCCAUUGCAUUGGAGAAUGCCAAGGUUAGAGGCAAGGUGGUUCAUAGACGCAUACGAGAAAAGACAGGACAUGAAUCCUAUCUUGCUGGAGUUUGCUAAAUUGGACUUCAAUAUGGUACAAGCCACACACCAGGAGGAUCUAAGACACAUGUCUAGCUGGUGGAGUAGUACACGCCUGGGAGAAAAGUUGAACUUUGCUAGGGACAGGCUGAUGGAGAAUUUCCUAUGGACUGUGGGAGUGAUAUUCGAGCCUCAGUAUGGAUAUUGUAGGAGAAUGUCCACAAAGGUUAACACACUCAUAACGAUAAUUGAUGAUGUUUACGACGUUUAUGGUACAAUGGAUGAACUCGAGCUUUUUACAGAUGUUGUUGACAGGUGGGAUAUCAAUGCAAUGGAUCCACUUCCAGAGUACAUGAAGUUGUGCUUCCUUGCUCUCUACAACUCCACCAAUGAAAUGGCUUAUGAUGCUCUGAAGGAACAUGGUUUACACAUCGUUUCCUAUCUUAGAAAAUCGGUAUUAUCUGCAACUGUGAACUCAUUCCAUUAUAUGCUGUUUACAUGCAUGUAGUAAUCUUGACUCAUUUUUUUAUGAUUAAUCCUUCUGUGGUCAGACUUAUGUAAAUCCUACUUACUGGAGGCAAAGUGGUACUACAGUGGAUAUACACCAAGCCUACAAGAAUACAUUAGCAAUUCAUGGAUUUCAAUAUCAGGUCCUGUAAUACUAGUCCAUGCCUAUUUUCUUGUCGCAAAUCCAAUCACCAAGGAGGCCUUGCAAUCCUUGAAGAGAUAUCACAAUAUUAUCCGUUGGUCAUCAAUGAUUUUAAGGCUUUCAGAUGAUCUGGGAACAUCACUGGAUGAGUUGAAAAGAGGAGAUGUUCCCAAGUCAAUCCAGUGUUACAUGUAUGAAACUGGUGCUUCUGAAGAAGACGCCCGUAAACACACAAGCUAUUUGAUUGGAGAGACAUGGAAGAAGCUAAAUGAAGAUGGAGCUGUAGAGUCUCCAUUCCCUGAAACAUUUAUUGGAAUUGCAAUGAAUCUUGCUAGGAUGGCCCAGUGCAUGUAUCAGCAUGGAGAUGGACACGGGAUUGAAUAUGGUGAAACUGAGGAUCGAGUGUUGUCAUUACUCGUUGAGCCCAUUCCCAGUUUGAGCUCUGAAUAAUAUUGAAAACCAAAUUUGAUCUUGAGUUAUGGGAAAUUGUCGUAACCCUGAUGGAUUAAUAUAAUUUAAGGUCUUCUAUUUGGAGGGUUAAUUACGUAUAUAAAACAGUGACUUUUGAACUUA